AUGGAGGCAAUCGAAGCUUCGGGUUAUCCGUUGGAUGUCCACGUAAUCAUUACGAAGGAUGGUUACACUCUGAAACUGCAUCGCAUACCUGAUCCAGCUCUCCAGGAAGACAACGAAGGCGAGUCAGUCUUAUCGUCGAAGGGCGCAGCAGGUUUUCGUGGGGUUGUUCUGCUCAUGCACGGAAUGUUCUCGACGGCUGCGGAUUUCGUUGUGACAGGACCGGACAACGGAUUGGCCUUUGUGCUAGCCGAUGCUGGGUAUGACGUUUGGUUAGGGAAUGCUCGUGGAACCCGAUACUCGCGGAAGCAUCUUACUGUGAGCCCCAAAACGGCAGCGUUCUGGGAUUUCAGUUGGCAUGAGAUCGGCACCGUGGACUUAGCAGCCAUGAUCGAUUACAUUUUGCGACACUCUAAACAACGGCAGCUGCACUACGUUGGACACAACCAAGGUGUAACGGCCAUCCUGGUACUACUCUCUGAAAAACCGACGUAUAAUCGGAAGAUAUGCUCUGUCUCCGGAAUGGCCCCGUUGAGUUUUCUCGGAAAUGGCAAAAAUGAGUUUGUCGAGCAUUUUGGUAAAUUCAACGAUCAAAUUUGGGCUACCUUAAGAACGCUCAACAUAUUUGAGCUGACUCCUUCGGAAAAGGUACUCAAGUUUCUCGGCAGUACCUUGUGCUCCGAAGAGGCACCCACCGGUGAGAUAUGUUCCGAACUUCUGGCAAGAUUUUUUGGCUUUUCCUCUGAGCAAGCUAAAACGCUUCUUCCCGAACUUCUAAAUAAAAUUUUAACCGGAAUCUCAACUAAGCAGUUGAUUCAUUAUGGACAACUAAUGGAUUCGGGCAAAUUUCAACAAUUCGACUACAAAAAUAUAAUACAAAAUAUGCAACAUUACAAGCAGACGAACGUUCCGGAAUACAACCUGUCCAGAAUCGACGUUCCAUUUACGCUCUUCUAUGGAAACAAGGACUUUUUUACGUCACGUCAGGAUAUGAAGAAACUACUACGCUCUCUACCGAAGGUUAGCAGUUAUACUGAGAUACCCGGUUGGACUCAUAUGGACUUUAUUUACAAUGUUCAGGUGUAUAUCAAAGUGUACAGCAAAAUUAUAGAGUCACUUAGGAACGUAACUACAGUGUGA